GGCACUACUUCCUGAGUUUAGGGAAGGGGCUUGGUCCCGUGCCUGCGCCCCGCCGCCGCGACCGCGCAUCAAAAUUAGCAUCGAUGAAGUUUGUGCGAACAUGGCGGAUUUCCUGCCGACCAGGUCCGUGUUAAAAGUAUGUCUACCCGUCUGCCUGUUGAACAACGGCGAGGUGGAACAGCUGAGAAAGUCCAAAGAGAUCGACCGAUGUCUCUCCCGGGACAAAACCUACGUGAAGCGGCUUGUGAAGAUCCUGCUGCUCGGCGCCGGAGAGAGUGGCAAGUCGACUUUCCUCAAACAAAUGCGGAUCAUCCACGGCCAGGACUUCGACCAGCAAGCCCGAGAAGACUUCAGAUCUACAAUAUACAGCAACGUUAUUAAAGGUAUACGUGUGCUGGUGGACGCCCGGGAGAAGCUGCACAUCCCGUGGGGUAACGCAGACAACCAGCAGUAUGGGGACAAGUUGAUGGCGUUCGACACUCGAUCAGCCAAGAUGGCCAGCGGACAGCUCGAGACGUCCGUCUUCUUGGAUUACAUACCCGCCAUCAAAGCUCUGUGGGUGGACUCGGGUAUACAAAACGCCUACGACCGUCGCAGAGAAUUUCAGCUGGGUGAGUCUGUGAAGUAUUUCUUGGAUAAUCUGGAUAAGCUUGGUGACCCGAAUUACCUUCCGACCCAACAAGACAUCCUGCUGGCCCGCAGACCCACCAAGGGGAUCCACGAGUAUGACUUUGAAAUUAAGAACGUGCCCUUCAAGAUGGUGGACGUGGGAGGGCAGCGGUCAGAGCGGAGGCGCUGGUUUGAAUGUUUCGACUCUGUCACCUCCAUCCUCUUCCUCGUCUCCUCCUCCGAAUACGACCAGGUGUUGAUGGAGGACCGGCAAACCAACCGACUCCGCGAAUCGCUCAACAUCUUCGAGACCAUCGUCAACAACCGCGUCUUCGUCAACGUUUCAAUCAUCCUCUUCCUCAACAAGACGGACCUGCUGGAGGAGAAGGUGAAGAGCGUUCCUAUAAAGGAGUACUUUCCUGAGUACAACGGCCCCGAGCACAGCCUGGCGGACAUCCAGGCGUUCAUGGUGGAGUGCUUCCGGACCAAGAGACGCGACGCCACCCAGAAACCCCUCUACCACCACUUCACCACGGCCAUCAACACGGAGAACAUCCGUCUGGUGUUCCGGGACGUCAAGGACACCAUUCUCCACGACAACCUCAAGCAGCUCAUGCUUCAAUGACCCCUGUCAACCUGUGAAAGUAAUAAGAGGACCUGAAAUGGGGACAAAACCACCCCCCUAGCUCCUGGAGAAAAAAAACCAGGACUCGGGAAAGACCAGCCUCAGAAGAAUCCGAUUCAGCGUUCGUUUUCUUCAGCCGUUUUUUUGGUAGUUUUUUUUUUUUUUUUUUUUUUUACUCUCCUCUUUUGAAGAGUUGGCCUUCUUGUUAGUCCGGGGUUUUUUGGUAGGGGAACAAGUCAGUAGGGCAGAGGUGGUGGUUUUUGGGUGUCGAACAAGAUCUGAACCCGCUGCUUCGUCUCGAGACUCUGUCCUCUGGCCUGAGAGCCUUCCAGCAAAAGACUCGCUGAGGCUUUUUUCGACUAGCAAGGUGCCGGUGCCUGGUUGAGGAAAACCAGCAAAACAUUUCACAAACCGGGGGUAUGGUUUCUUCAAACAGAUAUUCAACCUACCAAGCUAUAACCAUGGUGAAAUAAAUACUUUGUUAACAAGUUUAGCAAAGUUUUUUAAAAUGGUCAAAAUGCACAAAGACCAUCACAUGUCUGUUCUCAGAGUUUAAUUUGCCAGUUUUAUGUCCUAGCACUGAAUUCAUUAAGUCCAAAUUCACUCCAUUAUUUAUGUUGCUAUUUUUGUGAAUCCCUGUAGUUUUAGUCUUUAAUUGUCAAUGAUCUGGAGACUACACAUUUGUUGUUUUUUUGGGGGGGGGUUUCUUUCAGAUUCUCCUUCUCUCAUUCCCCCAAUUGUUUCCAUUUCUUGGUUCGAGAUCAGCAGGUUUUUAGGUUUCAGGUUUCAGCACAGAGCCUUUUUUCAUUGCAGGAACAAGGACCAGCUCAAAUACAACGGUGAGAAAAUUGAAUAUGCACAGAACCAGUUAAGAGAUGUUUUGUUUAGUUUUUUUUUAUGUGUACAUCGUCUCCAGCACUGGCACCUUGUCUGUGGGGGAAAAAACUGCGAGAAUUAACCUUACAAUGCCUUUCCACACAAUGUCUUAAAUAUAUAUAUAUAUAUAUAUAGAGAGAGAGAGAGAGAGAGACCUUAAAAAUUACUGUUUAAAUCCUGUGUGCUUGUGCCAAAGGGGUCUCUAGAUAAUUUAAACUCAAUCUUACCUUCCUCAAAUAUGUUUCCCAAGCAUUUUUAAAAAAAAUCAGUCGUAAAGACGGUUAAAUUACUUCUUUUUUUUUUCCUUUAAUUUUUUUGGCACAUUUGGCAGGUGUGCCAACAAGUGAACAUGCAGUCCACUGUUUUCUCAGGGUUGAAUAAAAAAAAACGGCAUUCGUGAUGAUGUCAUCGUUUAAUCGUUAUCUGGGUGGCAGAGCGGCAGCGAGCGUCAGCCAGGCCUCAGUACAGUUAGCUGGGAGGGCAGGGAGGGGUGUGAUUGGUACUGUAUCCUCCUGGUUUUGACCCCUGAUCGUUGGCCCAGACCUCCUCCUCCUCCUCCUCCUCCUCCUCCCCUCUUCAUCUCUGAUUAGAUGCCUUGUAAAGGGACGAACCUCCCUCCCUCUCUCCCGUGUGCCUGAAUGAUGAGUGUCUGAUAAAUGUGCAGAGAUCUGCUCUACGUGCGUCUGACUAAUACUGUAACUAAACACUGUUACGGUAAGAUGCCCCACCCCACCCCCCGUCAUGUGAGAUUAUCUGUAUUGGCACUGAGUUAUGACUCCAGUCCUGGCAAACCCCCUUUUUUUAAGGAUUUCCCUUUUUAAAAUAUGUGCCUGAAUUUGUAGGGGGGGAAAAAUGGACAGUAAAAAAAAAAAAAAAAAAGCUACUGGAGUUGAAAAACUUUUGUAAGCGACUGUAUUCUGUAGGAAGCCAAAUCUUUGUUAGAGGACAACUUCCAGGCACUGUUAUAAAAUAUCUGCUUCUCUGCCAAAUCACCCCUAUGCUUUUUUUUCUUAGGAAUUUUCAUUCUCACAAAAAAAAAAUCGUGCUCCUGUAAGAGCUUUAGUCCGCUUCCAGUCCUGUCUUUGUACAUACUGUAAUCUGUUUGCCAUGUAAAUAAUAUCCAGGUUUAUCUCCGUAUAUGUAAAUGGUUGUAGAAAUGGCGUUUUUUUGUUUUGUUUUUCCCCCCGUUCUGAAUGUGUUCCAAAAUCACUGCUUUUUCCAAUGAAGAUUACCAUUUUAUGUAGAUGUAUUUUUGUGUAAUUUUUCCUUCAUUCACCUUGAAAAUUCAUUCCUGUGUUCAUUUUCAUGCCACUCUAACCUUAUCAAUAAAAUACACUUUUCUA